UAAUAUUAAUUUUAAUAAAUUGUAAUUACGAAUUGUAAUUUGUAUAUUUAAUACUGUUUAAAGCAAAAAAUGGAUUAAUUGCACUCAUACAAAUAUAAUAAAGACUACAAUGGAAUAUAAUAAUUUCGCAGGAGUUUGCUAAUGAAAAAUUUAGAACUACAAUAAAGUCCAUAUAGAGCUAAGAAAUCUAAUAACUUUGAAAGGCAAUAAUCUUCAAUUUAAUUGCAAACUUUAAGCAACUUGGAUUAAUUAAAAGAUGUAAGUAACGGUUUUAUAAACAAUCCACAGUUUAAUAAUGGAGAAGUAGAAGAAAAAACUUAAUAGAUUUAGAGCUAGUAAAAUCAAAAUAUCUCAAAGCAAAUUCAUUAAAAGCGCUUUUUACCUUUUAUUUAGGAAAGAGAUAGUAUAGGAAGACUCAUUUCAAAGAGCAUAAUGUUAGGUCCAGGAGAUGGAAGCUAGUCAGAAAAACUAAGACAUGAAUCUUAUAAAUAUCUAUUAAAAAAAUCAAUAAAUGAAAAUAUAAGUAAAAGUCCCAAGCAAAAAGGAAACAAGUAAUAAAUGGGACUUCUAGUAAAUUAACUAUUUUAAAAAAAAAAUAUAUCUAUUUCUUAACCUUAAAGUUCAAAUAAUCUUCAAGAUUAGUCUCCUAUAAAUUUUUAAAAAGGAUUUACAAUAAAUUAGGAUAAAAUAAAAGGAUAUUGCAAUGUGAUAGAUAAAGUAUCUCCUUUGUCUAAAUAAAUAGCAACUAAAAGAGGUUCUUUAUAAAAUGGUAAUACUAUAGAUAUUAGCUAAAUAGCAAGCAAAUAAUCUAUAAGUAGUCAACCAAAUACUCACAAAAGACAUUCGAGUGAGUUAAAUCUUGCUUCUAUGAUUUUUAGAAAUUUAAGUAUCAAUAAUAAUUCUUAACAGAAGUACCUUUCACAUUUGUAAUAUAAUUAUUAAUAGUAGAACUAUGAAAGGAAACAUUAAAAAUAAUAAUUAGAAAACGACUUUUCUGCAAUUGAAAUUACAUAAAUAUAAGAUAAAAGUUAAGCUGAUUAAAAAUCAUUAACCCCUAUGAAUAAUUCAAGUAUAUUGAGUGAACUUAAAAACCAUUUUAAAGAUAAAAAAAAUAAUAAUUAAAUUUGUUAAUCUCUAGACCGAUAAGAUAAAUCGUAAUAAAAUACAUCUAAAUCAUUAUUAAAAUUGUAAAACUCAGAUAAUGGUUAGUCUGUUAUAAAUCUAAGCAAAUAUAAAUUUAUUAAAGUUGACCCUAAAAUACAUAUGAAAAAAUAGAUAACACAAUAAAAGGCUAAAUAACAAAUUAAUAUGCACUCUAAUUACUUCUUUAAUGGAAAUAAGCAACCUUUACAUAAUAACCAUAGCUAAUCAAAUAAAAUGAAUCAAUUUUAAAAGGAAAAUGAAGAAAAUUUUACAGAACUUUUUAAAGGGGUAAAAGUUUCAUAGCAAUAUAUAGACAGAUUUGUAAAAAAUGAACUGUCUUAUUUUGAAAACAUUUAAAAAAAUGAUGAGGAAAAAAUAGCAAACUUUGAGUAAGAAAGUGUAACGAAAUUUGUUAGUGGUAUUAAUAUUCUUAAAAAUAGAGCUAGAAAAUUAAAAAAGAAUAUUAAUCAGAUGUCAGAAAACGCUAUGAAUAAUUUAAAUGAAAUUGAUUCAUAAUACAAUUAUAAAUAUAGUAUACCAAUUCAGUUUUGA